UUGAGCGGCUUCACUUCGAUAGAGCAGCAUCAUGUCUGGUAGAGGUAAAGGCGGUAAGGGACUCGGUAAAGGUGGCGCAAAGCGUCAUCGUAAGGUCCUUCGCGAUAACAUCCAGGGAAUCACUAAGCCGGCUAUUCGCCGUCUGGCUCGCCGUGGCGGUGUUAAGCGUAUUUCUGGCCUGAUUUAUGAAGAGACUCGCGGUGUGCUGAAGGUCUUCUUGGAGAACGUCAUCCGCGACGCCGUCACCUACACCGAGCAUGCCAAAAGAAAGACUGUCACCGCCAUGGAUGUGGUGUACGCUCUGAAACGCCAGGGACGCACUCUGUACGGCUUCGGCGGAUAAACGUUCAAAACCGAACCACGUCAACACAACGGCUCUUUUAAGAGCCACCCAAAUAUCCACAAAGACAUUUUCCUGCUUUACCGCGCGUGUGUGUGGACGCAAAUGACGUCAAAAGCCGUAUAAAGCAAUAUCCAUCAUAUGUCAAUGUAAUAGAUGCUUUUUAGUACAAUAUUAUAAAUUCAUUGAUUUAUA